AAAGCGACAAUUUGUCUCGGCUACAGUUGGGCUUGUUCAACAAGCAACUCAACCCUCUAGUCCGAACCCAUUCUAUUUUUACAAUACAUCUAUUCCGCACCUUACAAACAGCACACUAUUUUCGACAUCAAAUCAAAAAAAAAAAGAACACAAACCCCCUCCCCACCAUGGCCACGAUCCAAUUCCACACCGUAACCCCGAUCCUCCGCAUCUUCUCCAUCCCCAAAGCCGACGAAUUCUACCUCGACUACCUCGGCUUCACGACCGACUGGUCGCACCGCUUCUCGCCCGACCUCCCGCUGUACCGACAGGUAUCACGUGGCGGCCUCGUACUGCACCUCAGCGAGCACCACGGCGACGGGAGUCCCGGCGUGCACGUGCGGGUCACGAUGACGGGACUCGAGGCGUUCCAUGCGGAGCUUGAGGGGAAGAAGUAUGGGUAUUUGAGGCCUGGGAUUGAGGAGGGGCAUGCGGAGGGGGCGAGGGAGAUGGCGGUGAUGGAUCCGUUUGGGAAUCGGAUUACGUUUUGUGAGGGGGGAGAGAGUUGAUGGGGUGGGUAUUGUGAGGUCAAGUUUGAAGUUGAUCUGAUGAUGGAAUGAUUGUUAAGAGAUAUGGUGACUAUUGGAGCGUUUGGUGAUGCUAUGGCGAUGUUGGCUCGCGCGAGCGUGUGGAUUGAAAUGUAGAAAUUCUAGUAGCUUAUAAAAAUCAAUUGUCUCCAAUUCUUCUGA